AUGUCUACGCUGCGGCGCGUGUUCGUGUACGGAACUCUGAAACGGGGCGAACCUAAUCAUCACUGGCUGACGGAUGUGACCAACGGAAAGGCUCGGUUCAUCGCCAAGGGCCAUACAACCGUGCGGUAUCCGCUUGUAGUUGCAUCCCCGUACAACAUUCCUUUUCUGCUGGACGUUCCAGGCAGGGGUCAUUUUAUCGCUGGCGAAAUCUACGAAGUAGACGAUCCCAUGCUGAGCCGACUCGAUGUCCUGGAGGAUUACCCUAAGCUGUACGAUCGCCGGCCGGAAGUGAUACAGCGUGUGGAGGCGGCCGACGGGACCGCCGAGGAGAGCUGUUUAAUUUAUCUGAUGAAAAGCUUCCCGAAGCAGUUGCUUGAGAAACCAAUGCUUGAAGAGUAUAGAGAUUGUCCCGAGCAGCCCUAUACCGAAGUAGAGGGUGAGGAAAUUUAUUUUGAAGAGGACGAUUCGCGAAAACGAAAACCAUCGUAAAAGGAACCAUCAUAGAAUCGUCAAAAGCUGCUUAGCAAUUCCGUGGGCGUGGAAAAUUACCCGAGCUUAAAAAAGACAAUAAAACGUGCUAAAAGAUAGA